UGAUAUUCUUUGUUGUACUAACUUUUUAUUUACUUAUUAUAAUCACCAAUUUUUCUUUGAAGGUACCUUAAUUAUUUAUUGUACUUAUUGACAUCAUGUCUGGUUGUGAUUCGAAGAAACCUGAAUGUUCGAAAGACAAUAUUUCUACAACGUCUAUUGAUGAGGGACUGCCACGAGAACUCAGCCAGUUAAGUCUGUCCAGUGCCUCCAGCCAGGAUGAAUGUUAUUGUGAUAAAGGACAUUCUGAUAAUACUCUCAAAAAUAUCUAUCAGUAUUUUCAGGCUCAGAAGUUAUGUGACGUAGCUCUCAUUGCCGGGGGUUGCAGGAUUCCAGCUCACAAAGUAAUGUUGGCAUCCUGUAGUGAAUACUUUGCAGCUAUGUUUACUGGUUCAUUAAGAGAAGCCCAACUAACAGAAAUAACUUUAGAGAGAGUUGAUUCACAGGCACUACAAGCUCUUGUUCGCUACUGUUACACAGGAACUAUAGAUCUAAGAGAGGAAACUGUGGAAGUGCUUCUGUCAACAGCAAGCUUACUACAAUUAAAUUCUGUAACAGAUGCAUGUUGUGCAUUUUUAAAUAAACAACUUGAUCCAUGUAACUGUUUAGGUAUUGCACUGUUUGCUGAACAACAGUCUUGUAUGAACUUACACAAAAGUGCUUUAGAAUACACAUAUCAACAUUAUAUGCAGGUGGUGAAACACCAAGAGUUUUUGUCUUUACAAGCUGACCAGUUAGCUAGCCUACUGAAAUCAGAUGAUCUCAACGUUGUUACUGAAGAAAAUGUAUUUGAAAGUCUGAUGACAUGGGUGCAACAUGAUAGCUCUAAUAGGGAGGCAAAUUUGCCAUCCCUGCUGACUCUGAUUAAAUUACCGUUAUUGUCGUCUGAGUAUCUUAUCGACAAAGUGGAAUUAGCAUGUGGUAAUGUACCUGAGUGUCAACCCUUACUCAUGGAAGCAGUAAAAUGGCAUUUAUUGCCUGAACGCAGAUCUUUUCUAUUGUCACACCGAACCAGGCCUCGGACGUCAACUAUAGGGCGGCUAUUAGCUGUUGGAGGUAUGGAUGGAUAUAAGGGUGCUAGUAAUAUGGAAAUGUAUGACCCGAGGACUGACACAUGGACUCCAUUUAUGAGAAUGGGUGCUAGAAGGCUGCAGUUUGGUGUUGCAGUAAUGCAAAAUAAGUUAAUUGUAGUUGGUGGCAGAGAUGGACUUAAAACAUUAAAUACGGUGGAGUGCUUCGAUUUAACUUCACUAAGCUGGAGUACCUUAGCGCCAAUGAACACUCACCGACACGGUUUGGGCGUAGCUGUUUUAGGCGAAGGGCCCAACUCACCCGUAUACGCAGUUGGAGGUCACGAUGGAUGGAUUUAUUUAAAUUCGGUCGAGCGGUGGGACGCGUGCUCGCGGUCGUGGGCGGUGGUGGCGCCGAUGGCGGGCGCGCGCAGCACGUGCGGCGUGGCGGCGCUGCGCGGGCGGCUGGUGGCCGUGGGCGGCCGCGACGGCGGCGCCUGCCUCCGCUCCGUCGAGAGCUACGACCCCGCCACCGACCGCUGGACCAACUGCGCGCCCAUGACGCGCCGCCGCGGCGGCGUUAGCGUAUGCGCGGCUGGUGGUUACUUGUACGCACUGGGCGGUCACGAGGCACCCGCGAACACUGUCGGCGGCCGCCUCGCCUGCGUGGAGCGGUACGACCCCGUCGCCGACUCGUGGGUGCUGCUCGCUCGCCUUUCUUACGGCAGAGAUGCUAUAGGAUCCUGUCUGCUCGGAGAUCGAAUUGUUGCUGUCGGUGGAUAUGAUGGGGUCCAGUAUCUGUGUGUAGUGGAAAUGUACGAUUCAGAAGCUAACUGUUGGCGAAAGUUGGCGCCGCUGACGACUGGACGCGCUGGCGCAGCUGUCGUCUCUGUGCCUCCACCCAGGAACCUAUUCUGAUAUUGUAAACAUCAACUGUUCAGCUAUUUCAUUAUCUAAACUCAUACAUAAGUAUGAUAUUUUUAAGUACGCCGAAAUUAGCUUAUCCCUUUGUAUUCCUUAAAAUAUCAAAUAAAACAUAAAUUGAAUGCUAUGUGAAAUGCUAUGUGAAUACAUAUAGCAUCACAAUCUAUUGAUAAAGAUAUUAAUUGGCAUAGGAUAAUUCAAUCGGAUGACGAUAAUAAUAAUAUACGAAGCAUAAUUAAUUAUACCUAUAUAUCUGUAUAUAAUCACGAGAUUAAAAAAUCAGACUGGUUGCCGAUCGUUACAUUGAUUUAUUCCUUAGCUUUUUGAUUUGACCUUCAUUUGAUUCCAUCCAAGGGCCAAUUGGUAAAAUUUAUAUUUUAUUUGAUAUUUUAAGGAAAAUAUUAGUUUAUUAUAAUUUUGACUGAAAUCUGCAUAUGAGAUAUUUAUAGAAAUGUAAACAAUCUUCUAAACUGUAAAAAAUUAUGCAUAGUGACAACUCUGAAAGAGGAAAAUUACCGGCAAAAAUAUAACAAAAAAAAUGUCAUAUUGCGUAUUAACUUUAUUUAAAAGCAAUUUGACCUCAUAUUAUCAUUAGCUAAUAGCAGUUUAUAAAAAGUUCAACACCACUAUCUCAAAACAAUUCUUCAUAUGUAGUAAUGUAAUAUGUAAUGUUCUUACUGAAGAAUAUAUUAUCUGACAAAGUAUAUUUUACACAUAUUGUCAAGAACUGUGAACUGCCAAGUUUACUUUUAAGUAUUGAAAAUUGAUCUCAAUAUUAAUUAUAAAUUAUUCACAAAUGUCAUUCUGACUGACUGAGAACUUAUCUAGCAAUUGUAGUCAAAUCACGACCUAUCAGAGAUUUCUGGAUUAUGUCUACCAGUGAAUUCUUAUACUUAUAGUGAUUGACUUAGAUUUAACGAUGGCGUCACAUAAGUGGCUGAAUAUUAAUCUAUAAUUUUAUGCAAAGUAAAGAAACUUAAAUGGUAUUAUUGGUUACUCAAGUAGCAUAUGUUUAGUGAGAAAUACUGUCCCCUUUGAAUAUUAAUUGUAUUUAAAUAUAGUGACAUCUUAUGUGAUAAUCUGCAUGUAAGCUUAUAAUUCUCUUAUACCUAUCAAUAAAUAUUAGAAUAUCUAUAUGUAGUUACUCUAUUAAAUUUGGGAUUCCCUGUUCCCGUGGUGUGUAAAUUUGGUAAACGAAAAUUAUUUUUAUAAAUUGUUUGUUUAGUAAGAUUGUCAAUGAGACAUCCAGGCAUACGUACGUGACAAAUUAAAUGUUUUCGACUGUUUUAUGUGUAAAUAUCUAGGAGUGUAGUCAAGGACUAGCUGUGAUGUUAGACCUAGAAAAUCGAAAGAGAUAUUAAAAUUUAUAACGUAAGUACAUACUUACAGCAUUUUUUUAUGUAUUUAUUAAAUGUAAUUUGUCUUAAAAAAUUGUACCAGUGAAACUUUGAAAUACCUAUAUAGGUAUGUGCCUAUUAGAUUAUAUUUUAGAAUAUUUUAAUUUAUACUAGUAGGUGUCUAUUCUGAACUGAUAUCUCAUAUUUACAUUUAUUAUGCUAAUUUUAGAAAUGAGUGUCUUUGUAUUGUUACUUAACUAUCUAGAUGUAAUUGAGUGUGUAGCUUACUUUA